AUGGAAGUUGAUCACAGCUCAAAUUCUGAACGGCUAGAGUUUCUCUACCUUAAUAUGGUAGGGCAAGUCGUUCAGGUGCAUACGAUCGAUGGGUGCAUUUCGGAAGGGAUAUUUGUCUCGCGCACGGACCCCGAAACGUCCGAGAAUGAAGCUGGCAUCUUUGUCUCCUUUCCCCGUUUUCUUCAAUCGCCCCACCACGAUCCGCUGGACCCAGCGGAGCUCUCCACCGAUGCCCGCCUCUUCUGCUACAAGGACAUUGUCAUGGUGGAUGUUGUGCACCUAAAGCUGCGCACGGAAACGCCUGGCAUGGGUAACGUUCACUGUUACCGUGGCGAGCAUGACCUGAAGACGCUGGACUGGGCGGAGGAGUGCACGGCGGAGUUGCUGGAGUCUGAGAAAAUGUCUCCCGGUGAAUGGGAUCAGUUUAAGGCAAACGAGCGUUUUGGUGUCACAUCCACCUACAAGGAGGACUUCUACACAACCAAACUUGACCGCUCCAAGCUUACAAAAGAGCAGCUGGAGUACGCAGAUCGCGUCGCAAAGGCGAUUGAAAACUCGGCGACUCGUGGUAUCCAGCACCAGGUGGAGCGUGAAGAAAUCGCCGCGAUCGACUUAGACGAGGGCCUCCUGUACUCGGACGUCAUUCGUGAAAACGGAGGUAGAGCGGGGAAGAAGGCCCCUGGUACGACAAUGCCACCGCCACCACCGCAGCAGCAGCAGCAAACCCAACAGCCAGUUCGCAAGGCAACCCCCGAGCCACCCGUGGGCGGGAAGGUCAUACCGACCAAGCGAGGGACGGUCGACGAGGGCGCGCCAGUUCCUAUCGAAGGAGGUCAGAUCAAGGAUUUCAACCCCAACCCGGCGGCGGCGCCUUUUGUGCCCACUCGCCCCAUCAUCCGCGACUACCUGUCCUGCAUCGCAGACGCCAUUAACAACAACGAUGAAUGCUACGCGAGCAACCCCGACUGGCCUGGUGAAGAGGACCACUACGACAGGGACGACUCGAGCUACUCCCAUCAGCAUCAGCAUCAACAUCAGAACCAAGGCCAAGGUCACCACCACCACCACCAUCAUCAUCAUCACCAUCACUACCAACAACAGCCGCAACCCCAACAGAUGCCGCAUCAACAGCAGCAGCAACCACAACAGCAACCACAGCAGCAACAGCCACCUCAUCAGCAACAACAGCAACAGCAGUCAUUGGCGCAGGGCCCAGGCCGCGGGAUGCCCCCUCAGGGUCAGUUCAUGGGCAUGUCAGGGAAGAACUACGGCGCCGGUGGUAACAUGGCCCACGGCUUCAACCGCUCCAGCGGACACCUGUCCAUGCAUCACCAGCACCACAUGCCGCACCAUCAGUAUGACAUGGGCAACGCCAACAACGCGGCGUAUAUGCCGGGUAACAACGCGCAAAACCAAGGACAACAGCCGCAGCAGCAGCCUUAUGUCGAUCAAAACAUGAUGGGUCCCUCCUCGUCAAGGAUGGGAGCGAAUAUGCAACAGCAGCGUGCGUCGAAUAAAACGACGCAGCCACAGCAACCGGUGGUGACCGCCUUACCCAUGCAGAAUGUGAACAACACAGGUGGCGGCAGGGGGGUACAGGGUAUGUCUCUUGGGCAGCCUCCCCCGGGCGCCAUUCCAGAAAUUGAUAGCAGUGCGGGCGGGACCACGGUUACCGAGAAGCAGCCCCCUAAGAAAUUAAAACGGGGGGGUGCCUCGAGUGGGAUGGCACAGCGCAGUGAUGCCCCAGACGGUGGUCAAGGAGUUAAGAAGAAGUGA